GUGUGUAACUGCUACUCAAGAGAUAUUACUUAGUCCGAUCUUAUGCUCAAUUCGCUAGUCGUACAAAUUUAAUUAACUCUAUGAUGCUCAGACAAUAGAUUUUAUGUAAGCAAACACUACGAGAAUUGGAAGAUUAUGGAGGGUUAAAGAUAAUCCACCGCAACCUUCCAUAAGUCCCAUCCGAAGAAAGUUUAAUCGCUCCAUGAAUUCCUUCAGGUGGAAAUUAAUUACAUAGCAAUGUUACGAGGCUCUAAGGAGGAGGCCGCUCCUAGCAAUGUCACUAUGCCGGCUUCUUCAUCCUCUUCGACUACUACAUCCCAAAGUAGCCCGGAACUGAUCAAGCAAAACUGCAUUGGCUUCUCUGACCAUUCUACUUUUGACAUCUCUCGGGUAUGCAAGGAUGAUAGGAAGAGCACCCUUAACCACAAAGCUACCGAACUGAGGCUCGGGCUUCCUGGGUCCGAAUCUCCAGAAAGGAAUGCAGACACGUGCCUAGAACUUGAUGAGAAGCCGCUCUUUCCCCUGCAUCCUUCAAAUGAGAGCGAGCACUCUUCGCAGGAUGCAGUUAUUUCGGGAUACAGGAGAGGAUUCUCUGAUGCUAUGGACGGGUUCAUGCAGGUGAAACUUGCUGCUUCGGUGACCAAGUAUUCAAAUAUCUCUAAAAAAUUUCUCAGGUCUCAGGAUCAGGAAAUUGCUCUCCAGUUCAUCAACAGUAGUAUGCCUCCGGUGAAAGAGCGCAGGCCACCAGUCAAAUCGUUUCGGAAGAAUUCGUUAGCCCUCCCUUCAAAGAGUACUGAACAAGUAGAAGGCGCGAAGGCAGCAGCAGGCACCACUCUGUUCGUAAAAGUGAGCAUGGACGGUGCGCCUUAUCUGAGGAAAGUUAAUUUGCUUAAAUAUGCUGCGUACAAGGAACUUUCCCAUGCCGUGCGGAAGAUGUUCGGCUGCUUUACCCCAGAAUAUGAGCUGACUUACGAAGAUAAAGACGGUGACUGGAUGCUAGUAGGCGAUAUUCCAUGGGAGAUAUUCAUUGGGACUUGCAGGAGGCUGCGAAUCAUGAAGAGCUCAGAUGCUAUCGUCUAGGUAGCAUCGACAGAAAGUCUUCAUGUUGAUGCUUCCUGAGCAUAACAAGGCAUUCAUAAGAGCUAGGACCAUCAAAACAUUCACCCAUAAGGAAAAAAAUAAACAAACUAUAUCGUAGAUUUUGAUCCCAUGUUAAGUUUUCUUGCCUUUGGCAGCACCAGGUGGGGCAGAGAAGUGCAGAGGCAAUAACUAGCUGGUAAAAGAGUAUAAUGAUCUUUUUUGUCGACCACACGAAAUGCUGCCAUACGCGUAAUGUACUUUGUGAAGUUGCUAAUUAUAAACUUGUGAGGGGCUUUUCCCGCUUUGCCCAAAGCUUCGGUUCUAUGUAAUCGUACAGUGGAAGUCUUUCGGAGUUUUAGAGAAUGAGUGGAACAUUUGCCGCA